UUUUCACAUUCUUACUGAAUUUGAGAGCUGUAAGACCACUUCGGAAUUUUAAUAAUUUGUUAUUUAAUUUCAUUGGAAAAAUGUUGAGAAACAAGCCGCUGCUAUCGCAUAGAUUACCGCAAGCCGGAGGAUUUUCACGCGAUUUUCGUGAAAGUCUGGGAAUUGAACCCUUGAUCAGGCGGCCCGUUAACGAAAACUACAGCGACUGGAAUGGUGGGCCGCGCAAUUGGAAUGGCGGUAACGGUGGUGGGCAGGAUAUUCGUCCAGCCGGCACCCCACCGCCGCCUCAAAAUCUGGAAUGGAAUAGUCCCAGUCCUCGGCGUAAUGCCUCUCCGAUGGGACCACGUCGACGUGACGAUUCGCCGGUUGGUAAUUCGAAUUCCACGAUGAAUAUGAUGGGAUACCGCAACUUUAGCUAUUCCCAAAAUAUGUGCAUGGAUGGGGAGCCGGAUCGCUACAUGCCUAAUGACAAUGUGGAUGUGGUGCGGAUCUAUCCACAAGAGCCGCAGGAUUUCCGCUACUUGAUGCCCCAGGAGCCCUAUCCGAGAAAUAAGCAAAACUUCGACGGGGCUCGUGAGCAGAGCUUCGGAUACCAUAGCUUCGAUGGCUAUCGUCGACCCGAUUCGUCCUUCGAAAACCGGAAUGACUGUUCGAUUGAGAUCGUUGAUCAAUCCGGGGAGAAGGAUUAUGGGCACUGGCAGUCAUUUGACGGCGGGAACGAACUAGUGAUCAAAAAGAAACGCGAGGGGGAGCCACCCGCCGCCUUGGGUCCACCGUCGGUCAAGCGCAUGCGUCCGGAGGUUUCCGACAUGGUGUUUAUCAUCGGUGGCUACAAGCUGCCGUACGUUACUCUUUCCAUCGAGGCCCUGCCCCAGCCGGAGAACAAGUCGUAUGCGGUCAGGUUUUUCAAGAAGACCCCCAACUAUCGCAUCCAUCCGAAGACCAAGGAUACGAACGUUUACCGGGUGUACGAUGAAAUGUUGGAGCGUUUUGAUUUUGGGAACGAGGAGGAGGCCGGACGUUUGGGGGACGUUUCCCACCCGGGGUUUAAUCCCACCCGUUUCCAUGACAGUCUCAGCAAGGAGUGGACCAAGAUCUACCGUGGACGCAACUAUCGCAGCUGGGAGGGCUGGUGGAAGGAUUUCCGCAACAUCGAUGUGGAUAUUUUCGCUCAGCUCGACAAGUUCGAGGACUUCAAUGUCAAGUACAACUUUAUGCCUCCGGCGGGACCUUUGGACGUAUCAGAUAUAAUCAAGAAUACUUACAUAGCCUUGUCCAAGAAUCGCAACAACUACUCCGGGAACAUGCGCCAAAUGUACAACAUCAUGAACCCUGGAAUCUUGAUGAGUCUUCCCAUGGAAGCUAUUGGUCAGCUUGAGGACUAUAUUCGCAAUGUGCCUAACCACUUGUGGGUGUACAAGAUGCGCAGCAUGAUCUAUACCUGGUACAACUACAGCCAGGUGAUCCUCAACAACAAGGAUGCCACCGAUAAGAAGACACAGUUCGUCACCAAGGAGUGGAAGAGUCCUGUCAUCCACUGGAUGGCCAAGCAGGCCUUCUUCGAGCUCAAGGCCAUAAGCAAAAUCGAAUAUCCUGAUUACAAGAUGGUGUAUGGAAAAGGCAACAAAUCGGUCAAGAAAUAAAUUUGCUUUAAUCCAAAUGUUUAGUAGGCGCUGAGGAGA